AUGGCAGAGGCUCUGCCCGAGCCCACAGUGAGGAGGAAAAAAAGCAUAUCCAUCGAGGAGAAAAUCGACAUCAUAAGCGCUGUGGAAAGCGGCAAGAAGAAGGCGGACGUUGCAGCCCAGUACGGCAUCAAGAGGAACUCCCUGUCUUCGAUUAUGAAGAAUAAGGAAAAAGUUUUGGAAGCCUUUGAAACUUUACGGUUUGAUCCUAAAAGGAAAAGACUGAGGACUGCUUUUUAUGCCGACCUGGAGGAGGCAUUGAUGAAGUGGUACAGAAUUGCACAGUGCUUGAAUAUGCCGGUCAAUGGCCCUAUGUUGCGCCUCAAGGCGAAUGAUUUUGCCCAGAAGCUUGGACACAGUGAUUUUAAAUGCAGCAAUGGUUGGCUCGAUCGUUUCAAGUCGAGGUAUGGUUUAGUUUUCAGAGCUCAGCCUGUAGAAGCAGCUGCUACUCCUACAGUGGGUGCUCCAACUCCUUGGUGCCAGAAUGUGCUUCCUUAUUAUUUAAAUGAUUAUCGGCCAAAAAAUGUGUUUUACAUGCAGGAGACUGUGUUGUUGUAUCAGAUGUUACCACAUAGCACGUUUGCAUUUAAAGGGAAAACUUGUUCUGUGGGUAAACAAAGCAAAGAGAGCAUCACUGUAGCGGUGGGUACAAAUAUGGAUGGUUCUGAGAAACUCCCACUCCUCAUUGUAGGAAAAAGUCCAUGCUCUUUCAAAGAUGUGAAAUUGCUGCCAGUGGAUUAUGAAGCAAAUGACAGGGCUUGCAUGACUUCAGGAAUCUUUGAACAGUGGAUGCAUAAACUUGAUAACAGAUUUCAAGCACAGCAGCGCCGUGUGGUUAUUCUUGUUGAUUCUCUCCCAGCUCACAUAGAAGUAAAGAACCUGAAGUCUGUCAAAUUAGCGUUCUUUCCUCCAGACUCCUCUUCAUAUAUAGCUGUGAAAGAAAGGAUUAUCAGAAGUCUGAAGGUUAAAUACAGGCACUGUCUUAUCAAGAGAUUUGUUGACUGUGUGGAAAGUAAUAAAGAGUUUAUGCUGACCCUUCUUGAUGCAAUUGAGAUGCUGUACCUGUGCUGGAGGGAAGUAACACCAGAGACUAUUGUAAAAAGUUACAAUGGAGCAACUUUCAAAUUAGAAACUGAGACAAAUGAUAACAACAAUGAGGUUGAAAGUGAUUUUGAUUUGAUUGCACGUGCAAGGGCAGCUGGAGUAGAGUUUCCAGAAGGUUUGUCUUUGGAUGAAUAUGCAGCUCUAGAUAGUGGUUCGGAAACUUAUGAAGUACCCACAAAUAAUGAAAGGAUGUGUGCCAAAGAAAGUGCAUCAGAUAAAGCUGAGACAUUUGUUGGUGAUGAAGUUAAGGAUGAAGGCAGUCGACUUCAGGGAGCUGAACAGCUUUUACCAUCCAAAAAUGAGGCUUUGAGUGCUUUAGAUACCCUUCGAAAGUUUCUCGGAAGUCAAGAGACAGAUGAUUCUCUCUAUGAUUCCUUAGCUGACUUGGAGAAUUUUAUUCAACAUGUAGUAUGUGAAUAA